AUGCUUCUUUGGAUGCCAAACAUCAGCUUGAUUUUGCUACAAAACGAAGAGCAACAAAACUAAGGUACAAGGGGAUAUCCCAUAGUUAAAGAGGAUGAAGGAUUCCAAGGUAUGACCCUUGAUUUAACAAUAGCCAUCAAUAAGUGUCCUCAAAUGACAACGAAAUGUACAACAUACCUAGAGAGGAUAUGAGAUUGCAGCAAUAUCAACCAAAGGAUUAGGGAUCAGAACCUAGUCCUUAUUGUCCAAGACAAAACAUGGGUUGAGAUGACUGGUUUUUUUGGCAUGAGACAUACACGUGAUCCAAAAAUUUCUAAUUUACCUGCUCCUGUAAUAUAAAAAAGCAUCUACCUUUCCCUAUUACCUGAUAGCGAGAGGAGGAAUACUACGAACCCACAUAUUAGAGAGAGCGAGAGAGAGAGAGAGAGAUGUUAGUCCCACAUAUGCAGCAGAACCGAGGGCAUGUAGGUUGAAACAUGUUUCCCCGGUUCCUUAAUCAAUAAUUGCUAGCCCUCUCUCUCUCCCCCAUCACUUACUUCUGACAAGAGCUCCAGUGAUUUUCUAUAUAUAGUGCUAAAGUGAUGAAACAAGUUAGGAUUUCAAGGGCAUCAAACCUCCAGACUGACAAUACGAUGAACACUUCCAACUUCUUCCUCUGUUGUCUCCUCACAGCGGCUUUAUAUUUCCUCUUCCAUCACACAAGCCCCUCCCUAGGUGUUAUGCCAAAACCAGUACGGAAGUUAAGCAUGUCAAUCCCUGUUGUUCAGCAUGAAUAUCACAAAAUCAAGGUAGCAGAUGAGGUAAUGGAAAGCUCCUCUGCUGAGGAUGAUUCCAUGGCACUAGAGUAUACAAGCAACAGUAGCAGUCCUCAUGAUCUUGUCUACCACACAGAUUACCAUGGAGUAACAACUCAUCCAACUCCUAAACAUCCCAAACCAUAAGGUUGCAGCUUUAAUUUUCCUAGGAGAGAGAUUUAUGCAAUUUUCCAUCACUUCUAUGAUAAUUCUCAUCUCUAUAUGAAUGCACUGUAUUUUGUGGGGUAGAAAACAAAGUUUUGUUCCAAGGCUUAUGCUUUUGCUCAACGAAGUGAUAUAUAGAAUUCCUUGAAGCCCUUGGCUUACAGAACAAUCAAAUCGGAUGAGUUGGCUGACCAA